AUGAUUCGCUUAAAUCGUAACGUCACGUUUAUCCACUGCCUUUCGGACUCCAAAAAGACUGAAAAACAGGCAGAGGAAGAAGAGAGGAGAGUCGUGCAGAAGUUAUACAACCAGAGUCAGCUUCUUCAGCUCCAGUUCCUGCGGAGAACUGGGGUUAGUUUGCGCUCCAAAUACUAUACUCUUGAGCUACUUAGAAGCUUGUUAGUUUUUAAACUGUGCUAUGACAUCCUGGUUGAUAGGAACAAAGAGAUAAUGGAUCUCUGCCGAACGUUUCUUGGACAAAAGAUGUUUGAACGGUUCAUGAAAAUUACGUUCUAUGGUCAGUUUGUGGCGGGUGAAGAUCACAAAUCCAUCAGGCCCCUCAUACAGAAGAACCGGGCAUAUGGAGUGGGUGCCGUGCUGGAUUACUGUGUAGAAGAGGAUCUCUCGCAAGAAGAAGCGGAAAGGAAGGAGAUGGAAUCAGGCAUGUUUGCAUCAGAGGAGGAAAGCCCUGGAGUGGACCACAGAGAGUUGAGGUUCAUAUCCCACAGAAGGUUUGGCGAUCUGCGGGAGGGCGUUACGAGCGCUCCUAUGUAUUUCUACGCCGAUGAGAUGAAAUGCGAUGAGCACAUGGAGACUUUUCUGAAAUGCAUCAAAGCAGCAGGUGGAAGUUCAGAAGAUGGUUUCUCGGCUAUUAAGAUUACUGCCCUCGGGCGCCCACAAUUCCUGCUCCAGUUUUCAGAGGUGCUGGUGAAAUGGAGGUGCAUUUUUAGUUUCCUGGCUGCCAAGCAGGGCAAAGAUGACGCGGAGGUGUUGGAGCAGAAACUGGAUCUAGAACGACUGCAGGCAUGUCUCGCCAGCCUGGGAGCCGAAGGAAACAUUCAGGGCUGGUUCUCUGAUGGACGGCAGCACUUAUCAGGCGUUUUCGACGUGCUGGACUGGAACGGUUUAAUUGAUGACAGAACGAAGACAUCUGAUCUUCUAGUUGUCCCGAACCUACAGACCGGUCGGCUAGAGCCUCUUCUGUCUAAAUUCACAGCUGAAAAGGAAGGCCAGAUGACACGAAUCCUUCAGCGAAUCGACGUCUUGGCUAAGGAGGCGUUUGACAAUGUUUCAGUGGACGUAGAGCUAUCAAGGAGAGAGGGUUGGUGUUUCGCUGCUAAACUGAUCAGAGGGGCGUACAUGCACCAGGAAAGAAGCCGAGCAGCUGAGAUUGGAUAUGAAGAUCCCAUCAACCCAGACUAACAGUCUACUCACAGAAUUUAUCACAGAUGUCUGGAUUAUGGGCUGGAGGAGAUCGAGCUGAACAAGAAAGCAAAUGUCAUGGUGGCGUCACAUAACAUAGAUACAGUUAAACAUACGCUUAAAUGGAUGAAUGAAAUGGGUCUGGCUCCCGCAGAUAAGAUGGUGUACUUUGGCCAGUUCCUGGGAAUGGGCGACCAAAUCAGCUUUCCGUUAGCCCAGGCAGGUUUUCCGGUGUACAAGUACGUUCCGUACGGCCCGGUGAACGAAGUGAUGCCGUACUUGUCCCGUCGGGCGCAGGAGAACCGUGGCGUUAUGAAAGGAGUUCAGAUGGAGAGAGAUCUUUUGUGGAAGGAGCUUGUACGCAGACUGACCAGCGGGGAGGUGUUUCACAUGCCUGCUUUAUAAAAUACACUCCACUUCUCACCAGAAUAGCUUCUCCUGCACUUCUGACCAUUUUUGCUUUUAACAUACUGCGCACAUUAUGCAUUAUUUACACCAAUAGUGUAAAGUACUAUUUUGAUUCAAGAUGAACAUGUUUGAGUCAUAUGUCACUGCACACUCUUAUAUCUUGC